CCUUCUCGUCAGACUGGCAGGAUGUACAUUGUGCCAAUGCCGGCCUUUUUACCACUGUUGGAAGUGGUGGUGGCAGGGGGGGAGAGUCACUCUUUGAGUGUUUUUUUUAAGUGUAUAUCCACUCGCUGACCGUCUGAAGGCUCCGAGGACUUUAUGUGGACUAAUGGAGGCCUUCGAUCGUAGACUCAACACCUUCUUUGGGUCAUGGUUGGGCCCCAGAGACAAGCGGGUGCGGGGUUGGCUGCUACUUGACAACUACUCCCCGACCUUUACCCUCACCCUGGUGUACCUUGUGGUGGUAUGGACCGGCCCCAAGUACAUGAGACACAGGCAGCCGUACUCGUGCAGAAGACUCCUUGUGUUUUACAACGCGGGCCAGACGCUCUUGUCCAUCUGCAUCUUCUACCAGCUUGUUGCUGCUGUGUGGGAAGGAAGCUAUAACUUCUACUGCCAAGAUACACGCAGCUCACAGGAAGCGGAUGACAAGGUCAUGAAUGUCCUGUGGUGGUACUACUUCUCCAAGUUCAUUGAGUUCAUGGACACCGUCUUCUUCAUUCUGCGGAAGAACAAUCACCAGAUCACCUUUCUUCACGUCUACCACCACGCAAGCAUGUUUAACAUCUGGUGGUUUGCCAUGAACUGGCUUCCUUGCGGCCAUACAUAUUUCGGGCCUUGCCUCAACAGUUUCGUCCACACGGUCAUGUACUCCUACUACGGCCUGUCAGCCAUCCCCUCGAUACGGCCGUACCUCUGGUGGAAGAAGUACAUCACACAGCUGCAGCUGGUCCAGUUCCUAUUAACAGUGCUGCAGACGAUGUGUGCUGUGAUAUGGCCGUGUGGUUUGCCCUUAGGAUGGCUCUACUUUGAAAUAUCUUACAUGCUCAGCCUCGUGUUCUUUUUCUCCAACUUCUACUAUCAGAAUUAUCUUCAAAGAUAUUGAUCUUCAACUUGCACGCGAAAAAAACAAAAAACAAAACAUGUUUCAUCCAGAGUGGCGUGACAUGCCAGAUCAAUAACAGGGACGAUGGCACACAGGCAAGCAUCAACUGGAAACAUACUGCAACCUAAGAGGUAAGAGCUGUUAAAACAAUAUAUUUUAGCAUUUUUCAUUUCAUUUUCAUUCUUAGCUGGAUUAUUUACAUUUUCCCCUUUGCAAAAUAGUCAUCAUUGAUUUAGAUCAUAGGUAACUAUGUUACACCACCGGCGGAAUUUAAAACCACUUUCCCCGCCUGUAAAUCCUGUUUUAUCCCUUCCAUGUUCAGUUCUCAGAAAAAUUGAGGAUUAUGUGUGUGUGUGUGUGUCUCCUUUCCAUUUUACAGCUGCCUCCAGUGUGUAUUGCACUAUGAGGUUUAUGAUUCAUAAUGAAAACAGUGAAUUCAUUUUCAAUGUGGUUUAUUCGAGGGAGAAAAGUGCCCCCGUGGAACAAAACCAGUAUGCUAACAUUCAUUGGCGGCAACAUGUGAACUGUGCUGCUAAUUAUUCAGCGUGCAACAUUUCUGAAAUCAGAACUGAAAAUUUUAACACCAAACAUUUAUCAAUCCGUAAGUGCUUGCAUGUUAGAACCGUAAAGGCUUUAGACGUAUAACCAGCUGCAGUUUGGACGUUUAACGAUAAAGACUGAUAAUGAUCUUUGUUUGUUAAAGUGAUGAUGAACAUGCAGGCUUCCUGCUGGCUUACAGUGGCUGAUUUGAGAAUGCCGUGUAACUCUUCACUCUUCCGAAGAAGAACGGCGAGUACAUCUUGUUCAGGUCAAAUGCGGUGACGACACUUUCCCCAGUCAGCCUAGGGAAGCAAAUCCAAUCAUAUUUUUGACUAAUCACAAUCUGUAACAAUGUCCAUCUUUCAUUUCUGUGCAAGUCUUACUUGUAAGUGAUGUGGCAGGAAUGAUGCAUCCACACCAGCUUAUUGAAACUCUGACGCCCCCCAGAGGACAGAAGGAGCCCCACAUGGAAGGUGUGCUCAGCCUCCGGCGCUGGGUUCCGCCUGCAGAACCGAUUCUUUUGCAUCUCCAAUUUCUGUUGACAUUUAAGGUCAGUAUCAAGGUUGGCAGGUAGACAGUGACAACUUUUAAACAACGGUCUAAAAAUGAAUGACCAAAUAGACUGACACAUAAAAUAAU